AUGAUGGUUCUGCGAUCGCAGAUGUUAGUGGUUUUUACCGUGAUCGUUGUGUGUGCCACUAGUGUGCAUGGUCAAAGCUGGCUGCAAGCGUUGGUGAAUUCGGCAAACGGCACGCUCGAUGUACGCUCGUUUCCGGGCGAGCAAUGUUUAAGGCAGUGCGACGAAACCCAACCACGAAUCUGCUACUUCGCCUGGACGAUGGAACACUACCACGUGAUGGGACCUGCUUGUCGUAAUUGUGCGAAGGGUAAUCACACCGACUGUUACCACCCUGCCUGCAUUACGGCGGACGGUGUCGAACGGGGUGUCAUGAGCCUUAACCGUCACAUCCCCGGACCGGCGAUCAACGUUUGUCACAACGAUCUGAUCGUCGUCGACAUAACGAAUGCAAUGGCAGGUACAUCGGCUGCUAUCCAUUGGCACGGGCUUCAUCAGCGUGCCACCCCGCACAUGGACGGUGUGCCCUUCAUUACGCAGUGUCCGAUCGGGUUUGGAAAUACCUUCCGAUACGCAUUCCUAGCCACGGAACCUGGCACACAGUUUUACCACUCGCACUCCGGCCAUCACAAGGUGAACGGACACUACGGGGCACUGAUUGUACGCGAGCCUCGAACAGUUGACCCGAAUGGGGAUCUGUACCAUUACGAUACACCGGCACACGUGAUCGUGGGUUCCGAUUGGAUGCAUAUCGAUGGGGAGAUGUUCAUGCCGGGACUACCGUCCGCUGGAGGCAUUAUGCCCGUCAAUCUUCUCAUCAACGGUCGCGGUACGUUCUACGAUCGAACGAAGAACGAAACAACCGAUGUCCCUCUGGAGGUGUAUACAGUGCGCCGUGGAGCGCGGUUCCGAUUCCGUUUCAUCAAUGCCGCUAGUCACGUGUGUCCUCUGCAGCUACAGAUCGAAGAUCACAUCAUGGAAGUGAUCGCUAGUGAUUCAUUCCAUCUGCAACCUCGCAAAGUCGAUACAUUGAUCACUACGUCUGGUGAACGGUACGACUUCGUGCUGGAGGCGAACGGCCUGAAAGACACCUACUGGGUGCGGUUGCGAGCUCUCGGACCUUGCGCCGAGCUGCAGCUGGAACAAUUCGCCGUACUACGGUACACCACUGGACCGAAGGAAAAUGAUGCCUUCCCCAGCAAUUCACCACCUUCGUACGAUCAGCAGUUUGCAAACAGCGCCACCGCCAACCAUCCAAAUGCAACUUGCGGGCGACCAGAGUUUGGUGAUUACUGCAUCACCGACUUCCAGGCAUACGAUACGGACGAGAGUGUCAUCAAUGGUACUCCGGAUCAUCAGCUCACGUUCGGUUUCGUUAACAGUCUCGUCAACUUUCGAAACAUGUUCGAGACGCAUCCGUACGAGCAUUUUAUGAACAUCCAUGGUUCGGUAAUGCUGCAAGGCGCCAUCAACAACCUUAGCCUAUCAUACCCACCGUUCCCACUGCUCACCCAACCCGACCAGAUCGAUGAGAGCAUGUUCUGUGAUGAACACCACCGUCCAGCUCGGUGUGCCGAUCGGCAGCUUUGCACCUGUACCCAUCGCGUCAAAAUCGCGCUCGGCGAUCUCGUUGAGCUGUACAUUCUCGAUCUAUCGCCCUCCGUUAACGAUCUGAACCACCCCUUCCACCUGCACGGCUAUCAGAUGUUUGUGAUGGAACUGGGACAAGAUCGACGGGUCCCGGUAACGUACGAGAUCGCACAGCAAAUAGCACGUCAGCGAUUACUUCAGCGCAACACGGUCCCGCUUCCACCGCGCAAGGACACGGUCUCGAUACCGAGCCGUGGGUACGCACGUGUACGGUUCCGUGCGAGCAAUCCCGGCUUCUGGCUCAUGCACUGCCACUACGAAUGGCAUACCGCCGUCGGUAUGGCAUUGGUACUGCAGGUAGGCGAAACCACCGAAAUGGUCAAACCACCGGCAGCCUUCCCGAAGUGUAACAGCUACACACCCCCGGUCGAUGAGCUGCUUCAGGGGGCUCUGUGA